AUGUCCGAACCUAUUCCCCCUGCACCACCUAUCAGUAAGUGGAAUCUACUAAAAGACGGUUAUUAUAGCUUUAGAGCAAAUCCGCCAAAGUACCUACCAGCUGAUUAUCCAGAUUUGACAAGCAAGACAGCUCUAAUCACUGGUACUAAUACUGGGAUUGGGUUUGAAGUGAUGAAGUUGCUUUAUUCCAAGAAUUGUAACAUUAUUGCCGUGGUAAGAAGUGCAGAGAAGGGUGAAGCUGCUAAGAAAGAAGCAAUCGAGAAGUAUCCAAAUUCUAAGGGUUCCAUUUCUGUUGUUGGUGGGAAUGACUUUCUGGAUUUAACUACUGUUAAACCAGCUUCAGAAGAGAUUAAACUUGUGCUGGGUGAUAAACCAUUGAACAUUAUUAUUCAUAAUGCCGGUUUGAUGGCACCUGUCAAUACUGGUACCUCCAAGCAAGGACUAGAAGCCAUGUUUUCCACUAAUGUUUUAGGUCCUCAAUUGUUACAACAUUUCUUAGACCCCUUAUUCCUAAAGAAGGACGACGAUUUGAAGAGAAUAGUAUGGGUUAGUUCAGGUGCUCAUGCAAACGCUUGUUUUGAUUAUGGUAUCCACUGGGAUGAUCCAACUUAUGAAAAAUGUACUAUUGCAGAAAGACCAUCUCCCUAUGAGCUGUAUGGUCAAUCUAAGGCGGCAAAUAUCUAUCAGGCAAAGGCAUGGGCAACUAAGAACAAAGAGAUUGUGGACGAAAUUGGCUGUGUCUCUGUGUCUUGCUAUCCGGGAAAUUUGAAGACUGAUCUUCAACGUGGCUGGAACCCUAUUUUGAAGAGAAUCUUCAACUAUAUACUUUGGGAUUCAAUAUAUGGAGCUUAUUCUGAACUUUAUAGUGCCUUGUCUCCAGAUUUAACCGUUAAAGAUCAAGGUGCUUAUAUUUUCCCAUUCGGCGAAGUUCAUGCUCCAAGAGAGGACAUCGAAGCUGGGCUAAAGAAUGGUACAGAUUUAAGACUUUGGGAUUUGGUAGAAGACAAAAUUCAAGAAUUUUUUUAA